AUGACUUGGGAUGAGUUUAAGAAUUUCUUUGAAGAAAAAUUUCAUAACAUCGCAGUGAGGACUUCACAUAUGGAAGAUUUUGUGAAACUAACUGAGGGGAAGAUGUCUGUGGCCAAGUACACUCUGGAGUUUGAUCGGCUGUCCAAGUUUGCUGGUGAUCUGAAAGUGGUAGAGCUAGCCUUUAUUGCUGAGGAGGCUGAGCAACAUGUAGUGAAAGAGCAGACUGCAAAGGAUGUCGUCAUGGCAUCUAACCCUCCUGCUAGUGGUAAUAUCAGUAAGGGGACCGACAGUGGUAACCCUGAUCACAAACGGAAGGUUGAUGCUUCCGGAACAUUAGGGGGAAAUAGAAAGUUUCGGGGAAACAGAGGUGGUCGUCAGGGCCGCGAAUCUUCAUUCCGAUCUUAUCCUGAGUGUCCGAAAUGUAAGAAACACCAUCACGGUGAAUGUCGGACCAAGACUUGUUUCCAGUGUGGCAUGGUGGGCCACUUCAUUAGAGAUUGUCCUCACACCAAGAAAGAGGAUCCUAAGAAGAAUGUUACUCAGAACCCGGGACGACUUUUUACCAUGACUCAGGUUGACGCUGAUGCUAGUCCGUCAGUGGUGAUAGGUCAGUUGUCUAUAAAUGGUUGUUCUUAUACUGUAUUGUUUGAUUCGGGAGCUACCCAUUCUUAUGUGUCAAGUAGAAUAAUUGAAAGUUUCGAUAAACCAUGUGAUAUUUUUGCUUCGGGGUUUGGUACCCUUUUACCUUCGGGAGACCUUAUGGUAUCCACUAGGUGGAUUCAGUCCUUGUCCUUCUCGAUUGACAGUUCUGAAUUAAUCACCAAUCUAAUAGAAUUGCAAUUGUCUGAUUUUGAUAUAAUCCUGGGAAUGGAUUUUCUGUCUAAGUAUGGGGUAGCGAUUGACUGCAAGCGGAAGAUGGUGGUGUUUGAGCCUGAUAGUGCCAACUCAGCAGUGUUUGUGGGUAAAGUUCAGGGGGCACGCAUACCAAGAAUAACACUUUUGAAAGCUAAGGACCUAAUGAGCAGAGGUUGUCUGGGAUUCAUAGUUACUGCAGUGGAUACCAGCAAACCUGUGACAUCUGGACCUGAGAGUACAAGAUUGGUAUGCGAGUUUCUUGACAUCUUUCCAAAUGAUCUACCGGGAUUGCCACCUACCUGGGAGAUUGAAUUUGUAAUUGAGUUAGUUCCGGGAGCAGAACCAGUGUCAAAGGCAUCGUAUCGAAUGGCUCCAGCAGAAUUAAAAGAAUUGAAGAUACAACUACAAGAAUUACUGAAUCUGGGAUUCAUUAGGCCGAGUUACUCUCCUUGGGGUGCUCCGGCAUUAUUUGUGAAGAAGAAAGACGGGGAAGAUGGUCUUCUCCAAGAUCGAUCUUCGCUCAAACUAUCAUCAGCUGAGAAUUUUAGAGGAAGAUGUCCCGAAAAUUGCUUUCCGUACUCGGUAUGGACAUUAUGA